AUGAGAUUGAUACAUAAUUGGAAACAUUUAGCAUCAACGCUGGAAGUUGAGGUGGAUGUCAUCAAACGAUUAGAACAGUACGGUGACUUCAGUCCUACAUUCCGAUUAUUUGAUUUUCUUGAGUCCUGGAAACCGGAUUUAACGAUUAAAGAACUAAAGGAGACCAUGUUGGAGAUCGGGAGAAACGACCUACUCAAUUUACUGACCACAGAAGGUAACAAAAUAAAUAAUCAUAGUCAAAUGUGAGGCUGUACUGUCUGUGUCAUCAUUUAAGGGGACUUACUGACGAGGGACUUUUGGAGAGAUUUUGCUCCUCUUAAGUAGCUCUAUAAACACAGAAUUUGAUACUGCUUGGUGAAAUAGCUUGUCAACGUUGUGUUUGCUUCUUAGAGACGGUGUUGUCUCAUGUAUGACCCAUUUGUCAACUGUCCAAAGUACACGGAUUGUAGACAGCUUUCAACUACGUUUUGAAGGAAUAAUCUUUUGGUUGACGAAUGCAGUCUUUGACUAGCUGCAUGACAUAACUCGUGUAUUUUAUUUGAGGAGGAAACGUGUGUCAUGAGAAACACUGCAUGAAAGUGAAUUAUGAGAUGUUCUGUUUGUUGUUUUGUAUCAUGUCUUUUUUCAUUGCCUUGAUGUCCUUAAUGUUUUUAUAAUUCCACUGUUUAUAAUUUUUAUAUUUAUUAGUUGUUUGCAUUGACUCUGAGAGAGUUGUUGAUGUAAUCACUAAACCAAGUGAAGCCCCUUCACCCAGAGCUGGUAUUUUGGACGAACUUGCCUUGGCUCUGGAUGGGCGGUCACUCGUUUUGUCAAACUGGUACACCUUGGCAAUUAAACUGGGCGUGCAAAGAAUCACAUGUUGGACGUUUGAAAGACGAUCCACAGAAAAUCCGACCGGCAAACUGUUCCAGUAUUUGGCCACUAGUUGCCCACAAUUGACGCUUAAUAGUCUCAAGGAAGCUCUGGAUUCUAUUGACAGGAGGGAUUUGAUGAACUUUCUUAAAAAUAAGAACCUAGGAGGUAAUAUCUCAACAUUGCAUAUUGCAAAUAACGUGACAUAAAAUGAUGAAGAAUGUUCAGUAUGCUUCUCGAUUUUAAAUGAGCUAAACACCAUCGGUCCUUAGAGGUUUUUUAUCUAAAUUGUAACGUUAAAAUUCAAUUUCAUUUAUUAUUCAGGUUUUUCUUAUACUGAGACUUAUGUGCUAUUGGCUGCAUGAAUAGUUCACAAAUCAAUUAGGCGAAUAUAAUCUCUUUAUUUAGGCCCCUUUGCGGAAAGUUUACAGAAAAUGAUUCAUGGGCAUAUUUCUCUGCAGAUGAGGUAUUACUUAAGGAUGUCAUUACCCCUGGAUCAGAACUAUUAGAAAAGAUAUCGCAAGAACUUAAUCGAGAUGACAAUAUCGGCGUCAAAAACUAUGUACAUCUGGCCCGUAAGUUGGAAGUACCAGCCGAAAUUCUUCGACAGUUUGCUGAUGUCCAACAAUGCAGGAAAAGUCCUACCAAAGAGGUCUUGGAAUGGGUGGCCGCUCGGUUCCCUGAAACAACGCUAAGUGAUAUUGCACAGGCACUUGAAAAGAUCCAGCGAAAUGACGCCAUACAGAUAAUAUCAAGGCAUUUUCCGAACACAAUUGGUAAGAAAGGCCAGUUAUUAUAGGUAAUUUGGGAUUUUGACAAUGUGGUAUUUAUUGUUAUACCUGUCCAAAAUCCCCUUUCUCCUUGUUAAUAGAGUAUCAGCUUUGUGAUCUCUUAUGUGCAUUGUGCAAAUGCCGUUAAAACGAAAGAAACAAUGAAAAUUAUCUCGAUAUUAAAUAUGAUCUCUCUGACUGUGUAUAUUUGCCCUUUUUUUUCAGACUCAGUUUUAAAAGAACUUGGGUGUUCAUUUCAGGGCAGCUUGAACGUGCCAGAUCCAACACGUGCGAUGAUUUCAACCAGCCGCAGGAGAGAAAGGCGUGUUUCGCCUCCUAAGCAAGGUAAGAAGGAAAACGUUUAUCUCAUUCGAUGCUAAUGGAAAAUGUUUCGUUUAUAUGUCUUGUUCAAGUUUUGCCACAGGUGUUUAGACACAUUUAGUUUUGUUGGGCUUGCCAGGAAAUUCUUCCCUUUGUUUCCUCUAUUGUUUGGUAGCCAAUAUUCAGAAGGUUCGAAAAACGUCUUCCGGCUCUAACUCUUCUUCCUAACCUGGUGUUGGUAAUCUCGAUCUCUGUACUGCCACUGUCUUCCCAGAGAGAAGUGGGGAACAAACAUUCUUCGCCGUCAAAGAUGGGUCAUUUCGUGACAAUGUUGGCAAAACAUAAAUGGUUAAAAUGGUAUUUCUGUAAUUUCAGUAAAGUCAUUUUUAUUUAUUUUAUAGUUGCAGAAGUGCAGGAACAAUCCGGUCACUUUGGAAGCUUGCCAGACCGAACGAAUUUAGUGGGUCGCAGUAAUAUUUGUGGAAACAUAAUUAGCGCCCUGUCUUCAAACAAGGCUGUUGAAAUUGUCGCACCACCUGGAUAUGGAAAAACGUCGGUGGUAAUAGAAGUCGCUCAUAGGAUGAUGGAAGUGAAAAAGGCCAUUGUUUACGUUAAUCCACGAGAUGUUACUUGUGUAGAAGACUUGGAAAGCAAAAUUAUCGAAGCUUUAGGGUUCGGUCCCGGUGAGAACACAAUGACUAAAAUAUUUCGUUGCUUAUUUUCAUUAGAGAAAAAUAGCGUGCUGUUGAUUAUUGAAAACAUUGACAACUUGCUGCACCUUGAAGAUCAAGUUAGCAACGCUAAAUACCACCAAGAAUUAGAAGCCACGAAUAACUGCGCCAAAGUGUGUGGAAAAUAUAUGAAGAACGACUUUCUGAUGUUUUUAAAGACUUAGGACAAAGUCCAAACGUUCAACUUCUGCUGACAUCUAGAGAAACCUAUGAUUUUAAUGUGUAUUUCCGAAUUGAACUGAUUGAUCUAGAGCCUCUUAACGAAAAGGAUUCCGCUUCUAUGUUUGCAAAGUGUGACGAUGGCCUGGAAGAUGACUUGAUCAAAGAUCUGGUCAGAGUUUGUGGUGGUAUUCCCCUGGUAAUCUGCAUAGUAAUCUCAAUUCUAAAGAAAGAAAAUCCCCAGGAGGCAGCCCGUCGACUUUGCACAACUCCACCAAGAGUUCUUGCUAGAGAACUAGAUGCCGUUUUUUUAGCCAACGAGGAUCGCAUUUACAAGUGUCUUCAAAUAUGUUUUGAUCGCUUAAGUCAAGAAAACCAGAAGAUUCUCGUAAUGUUCUCUACAUUUCCGUGCACAUUCACCCGAGAACAAUUCCAGGCAGUCUUUGAGUCAUCGGUCGAAGGCGAUUUGCAAACGUGUCUGAAUUGCUUGAAGCAAAGCAGCCUUCUCCGCUUCAACAGGAGAAAAUGUUAUUUCUCUCUUCAUCCUUUCAUUAGAGAUUUCUUUUCACUGAAGCCGGGUCAUACAGAAGCCAAAUCGGUUUUUAUUCGUCACUACAGUGCCUUGGCCGUUACUCUUUAUAAAACUUUCUUGAGUAAAGAUUGCAAGUCGGCAAUUGAUCAGUACAUUUUAGAAAAGAAUAACAUUCGAGAAGCCAUGGCUUGGUGUGGAGACGAUCAUCCUGAUCUUGACCAAACCUUGAGGGAGCAUUGCAUUCAGGCCUUCAACAAGUCAGCUGUAUUUCUUGCCAAGGUGAUGCACAAACAAGAGUUUCGGUCGCUCUUUGACAAGUUUGCCCAUCGAUGUCACAUGCAACUCCGCAGCGCUUGCUUGACGAACAUUGGAAUGAAAGUUGUGUUAAGCUGCACAUGUACACCUCAUAUUUGUCAAAGAGCCUUGAAUCAAGCAAAGGAAACUCUGACUCAGGCAAAUAAAAUUCAGUCAACAGCUAAAGACUUCAGCGACGCAACUCGUGCCCAGUGCUUGAGCAAGCUUGGUUUUUGUUGUGUUUGUGAGGGGCGCGUUAGCGAGGGUUUUGAAUACAUCGACAUCGCUUUGAAAUUACGAAAGGAUAGAGCAAAGGCGGAAUUCGAAAAGAGCAAAGACCAAGUCAUGAUGGCUGCUUGCUUGAAUGAUUUAGCAGGUUUGUGGCAAUUUCAGUUCUUAUUGCUUCAAUCAUAAUCAUAUUUACGAAUGGACAGUAUUGAGAAGGAAUUAUCAGAAACGGAUCAACUCCAUUCAAUAUCUGCUGUAAAACCUGUAGGUCUUGCUAUUGAGAUCCUCUGAUUUUUUGCGUAAGCUUGGCAAAGCAUACCACAAUCAAAAUUGUUUACGAAUCAUGCGUCAUAAGUGAUGCAAUAAUUAGCCAGUGAUAUUGUUGGAUAUAUAUAUAUAUAUAUAUAAAUAUAUAUAAGUUCGGGGAGCGCUUAGGCUAGAAACUCAUAAAAGUGCUCAAUGCUGUGGUUCUUUGCUUUAAUAUAUAUAUAUAUAUAUAUAGAUAUAUAAAUUCAGUCUGCAAUCUUACAUUGCAUUCUUCUGAUUUAUUGCUCUAUUUAUUUUGACUCGCAGCUUCUCAAAUGGUGCAGCGAAAACAUAUGCUGGCUAUCCAAACAAGGCUGACUCAUGUGCUGCCUGUCUAUGAAGAGAACCUUGGUGACCACCCGUUCACGGCAACCACUCUCAACUGGAUUGGCAACAGUUACCAUGCUUUGGGUGACUACGACAAUGCCGUUAAACAUAUCAGUAAAUCAGUAGAAAUACGAAGGCAACUGUUGGGGAAUCAUCAAGAAACGGCUAAGUCUCUCUAUGAUCUGGGAGUAGCUUUUACUGCGAAACAAGAGUAUGAAACGUGAGUAAAGAUGCUUUGUAAUUUAUCAUUCAGCAUUCUGUAGAUCCCAUACUCCUUGGUAAAAGUUUUGACAUAAGGGAGAACCACGACGCGAUGGCACGCACAAACAUUUUUGCCCCUUAAUCAAUGCAAGUCUGUCAAAAUGUCAAGUUCACGCGGAUGUUACAGUUGUUAAAAGGGUAGCGGAGUUCAUUCAGGUCCUGAUGGAGGAAGUCUUUUGCCCCUGUGGUCCGGAAAAGGUUAUGUCGUAGUCGUGCGAAGACGACAGGCUAAUAUGUUUUGUAGCUUUGCUCGAAUUGUUUUAAGACUCACUUUCCUUGUUUUUUUGAACCUCCUUGUAUUUUGAAAAUUCCAUUUAAUGAUUUUAAGGUUAAAAUUUACAAGAUCGCAUCACACGGCAAUUUAUUUUUUUCCUUUUUGAAUUGUAAGAGUAUUUUUUGAACAGGAAGACGAGGAACACUGUCCUUAAUAACAAUGGUUUCAACUCCUUACACCUCAGUUUAGAUUUCUAGAUAACAUUUCAUAUAGCAGUGUAUCAGAUAGAUGAAAGUCUCUGACACUUUAAGAGAAAGAGUGUGGGAAGUACAUAAUUUACCGCUGUAUCUAUUUCAGUGCCCUUAAACUUCUUGAAGAGGCAGCUGAUUUGCAAGAAGAAGUACUGGACACGUACGAAGAGCUGAUUUUCACUCACCAGGCCAUGGCAGUUGCUCUUCGUGGUCUUGGAAGAACCGAGGAAGCAGAAGAAGAAAUGAAACGCUCGAAUGAGUGUGCAAAAAAGUUGGAUUCUUGGGAGGCUCCUUCAGAUAUGCUCGGAACCAAAGAACUAGAAUUUGUCUGGGACCAUUUUUGAAACAACACCCGUCCCGGCAGUACCUACAAGGAGAAUUGGAAAAUUAAACGAGACUUACCUGUAAGUUGAAGUUUGAUUGA